AUGCCAAUUAAUAGAUCACCGCCUUCGCAUAGCGGAGGCACAAACCACUCACCCAUAUGCUACUCAACAGCAGAUGGUAGUUCUGAGAAGCCAACUACGAACCAAACAACAAUGCUAAACAACCAAACCCAAAGGCAACGCUCAUACUCGGUAAGUGAAAAUUCUUGCAAACAAUCAAGCUACCAACCGCAAAGUCCAGCAACAUCUUCGAAAAAUAACACAGCAUCAGCGCAACAUGUUAACAUAUUGCCAAAUAUAUUGCAAAAGAAUAGUAACAUAGCAAAAAAUCCUGAUUCACCCAAAGUCCAUGAUGCUGAUGAGCUAAUGGAACAUGGCAUUCUGCUAACACUGGAAAAUAUAUUUGAUAAUAAGCCAUCAGUGACAUACAAUCCAUCUCCAUGUCGCGUAGAGGAACUGCAAACCAAUUUCAUAACGAAUUGCAUAUUUACAAUUUAUGAUGCCGACGGUAUGGACCGUAAUAUAUUACGUAUUCAGGUUAAUGGCCAAUAUAAUGAAGCCGAUAUAUUUGAUUUUGAAGAAUUCGGUGAGACGAGAACUUACGAGAAAGAAUACAAAUUAAGAAUAAAAAAACCACUGCAUUAUGAAGAACGUGCUGUCUGUAACUUGGAUGUAAGUGUCCAUGAUACCAGUAAUAAUACAGGUAAUAUAUUUGCAAUAUUGGAAGUGAUUGAUCUGCCAAAUCGAGAUCCAAUUUGGGUGCGACCACUUACAACCGCAACUUUUGAUGAGAAACAAGAACAGUUUUUCACACUUAAUGCUAUUGAUGGAGAUACGGGAAUAAAUAAGCCUAUUUGUUAUCGUUUAGAGUUUGAAGAGGACUAUUCUGAACUAAUGAGCAUUAACAAAACUACAGGGGUUUUACAUGUUGUUCCAAUUGAUCGAGAUAUAUUACAACAACAAAUAUUUAAUUUUUAUACCUGUGCAUAUAAAUGUGAUAAUUCCUCAUGGUUUAUAAAAAAUACAACUAUUUUAAUCGUUCAAGACAUAAACGAUCAUAUACCAGAAAUCAUUAUGGAACCAAAUCUCGUACAAAUUUUAGAGCAGAAGUACUUAACAUUACCAAUGGACAAAUUUAUUAUUGAAGAUAUUGAUUUGGGGAUAAAUGCUACGUAUAAAGCUUACUUAAUGACAACUAAUGGCAUAUCUUACUCAGAGGCUUUUUCUCUGGUACCUAAUUCAGGCUAUCAGCAAACUAAUUUUUCCUUAACAGUACUAAAAGCAGAUCAAUUAGAUUAUGAAAUAGAGGAAUGGCGAAAUUUUGAUAUAAUGAUAUGUGCAGAAGAAGUCGAAAACUCUGCUCGCAGGUCAAACCGUACUUUAAGGAUUGAACUAAUAAAUUGGAACGAUGAAUGGCCUAUAUUCAUGUUCGACUCAUAUGAAGUAAAUAUAAUGGAAAAUGUUACAAAAGGGACAUUUCUGAAACAGAUUUAUGCAAGAGAUCGUGACUUUGGUGAUAGAGUUAAUCAUUCUAUUGUCGGCAAUAUGUCUGGCUUAGAAAUAAAUACCCAGGCAGGUGUUAUAUUCACUAGUCAUGAUAAUGUAUUCGAUUAUGAAAGACAAACUACUGUAUUGGUCCAAAUACAGGCAAAGGACACUUUGAUAACAGAACACUCAAAAACCCUACACACAGUAUUUGCACAACUAACCAUUAAUAUAAUUGAUGUUAAUGACGAGACCCCUCAAUUAAGAAUGCCUCGAGCUAUAGUUAAUAUAACAGAGAACGCUGCACCUUCCACACUUUUAACCGAUAAAAUCGAGGUACGUGAUGCUGAUACUACAGCAAAUUUAACACUUGAAAUUUUAUGGAACGCUACCUAUGCUACAAAAAGUGGUCAAGAAGUACAAUCAGAGCUAUUUAUAAACUGUUUAUUGAUUGAAUCUGAAGCGGAGAGUAAAAAUGUUUUAAAUGGUCUACUCCGUGUGAAUCCUGCAUUUGAAGCUCAAGUGGACUAUGAGAAGUAUGACACUAUAUUUUUAACUAUUCAAGCAAGAGACCUUAAUCAAGAAAUAAAUGAGGACACUGUAAUUGCUGUAUUAACCAUACGUGUCGAUGACGUGAAUGAUAAUCCACCAAAUUUUAAAUCUGGUACUUUAGAAGAACCGCGUAAAGUUACAGAAAUGGAGACUAUAUCAACUGUAAUUGGUUCAAUAGAGGCUUUCGAUAUAGAUGGACCAGGCAAUAAUAAUUUUACUUUUGACUUAAGAUCCAUUGGAAAUUUAACGGAAAACUACCUUAUUAGUAUAAAUAAUGGAACCGGUGUUUUGCGUGUUAAUGGAAGUAUACAAUGUGAUGUUCCACGGAUUUUUCAUUUAGAAUAUGAAAUUGUUUUAAACGAUGGAGUGUAUACCACAAUUGGAAAGAUCAAUAUAAGCAUAAUUGAUAUUAACAAUCGUGUACCUGAAACGGAUACAUUUGAACAGCAGGUGAAGAUAUAUGAAAAUGCUACAACUGGAGAAAUUGUGGGACAAAUUAAGGCUUUUGAUCGUGACAGGGACUUUCCACACAAUGCAUUAGAAUUUUCAAUUAGUAGUGCCAUAUCUGAUAUUCAUAAUCUUUUUGAAAUCAAUGCUACCACCGGAAUUGUGAAAGUCAACUUGCGGAAUGGACUUCAUUUAGAUCGAGAUAAUGGCAUCACUUACCACUAUAUACCAGUUGAUGUAAAAGAUAAUUUCAAUUUCAAUAAUCGUGGUUAUGGACCUGUUAACCAGAUUUCAACAUUUUUGAAUAUUAGUUUAUUAGACGUGAAUGAUAAUGCACCUAUAAUGCCAGCAAAAUUUUUAUUUUCACCUGAAUUUUCCGAGUCCGAUACAAAGGAUACCCUUAGCAAAAUUCAGCUUAUAGCAGAAGACAAGGAUGAAUAUAAUACAAGCAAUUCAUGGUUAUCCUACAACAUUUUGGAUAUAAGACCAGCCAGUGACAAUGCCGAUAAUCUAAUUGGAUAUGAGGAUCUUUUCGGUAUUAUUGGCGACAACCGAGCAUAUGGCCAACUUACAAGUCUCAAACCGCUUAAAGGAUUUUAUGGUAUCUGGCAAAUUGAAAUUGAAGCAUUUGAUCAUGGUACACCCACGCUACGAAAUGCAUCUAAGUAUGAGAUACUUGUGCGGCCUUAUAAUUUUCAUGCUCCCACAAUUAUUUUCCCAGUUUUACAUAAGACUAUACGUUUAUGUCAUUCUUUACAAGAACCCAAUCGUCCACUAUUUCAAGCAGACUGUGUAAGUCGUUUACCGCAUUUUGAGGCAUUUGAUCCAGAUGGUGGAGAAUACGGUGAUAUAAACUUUCUACUCAGUAGCGAUGUGGGUCAUGAUAAAUAUUUUCAAUUGUCAAAAAACAGUCGCAAUCAAUCAAGCCUCUAUUUGCAAGAAUUAGUACCAGCUGGUAUCUACUAUCUGAACAUUCGUGCUACGGAUGGCGGCGGUAGUUCUUCCGAAGAUAUUCGCAAUUUAAAAAUUGUUUUUGUGGAUAUGUUAGGAAAUCCUAUGUUCUUGGAGAGAGAGUUUUAUACAAAUUUUACUGAGAAUGAUGAUGGUUUGACAGAAGAACGACUGAUCCCAGAAGCUUUUGAUCCCAAAAACGAAGGUCUAAAUUUAGACGAGGAGCCCUACAAACUUUAUUAUUUUAUUGAGGAAACUUUCAUGCCGGAAAAUGCUGAGCUGUUUCAAUUGAAUAAGGAAACCCGUGUUUUGAAAUUAGCUCAAAUGUUAGAUCGUGAAGCUAUAGAAAUUUACAGACUUCGUAUUAAAGUGACCAACAGUGAAAAUGGACUUAUUUCAAAUCCGAAUAGUGUCAAUUACACAAUGGAUAUAAUAAUAAAUGUUGUAAUAAAUCCAGUUUUGAAAGUGACAGAUUAUUCUCUGCAUAAACACCCUGAAGGUUGCAUGAGCGUACGUGGUUUCACUGCCGAAGUAGAACGUUACGAUAGUGUGAUACUUACUGGUUUAGAUCGAAAAGGUGCACCACUGGAGUUAAAAUUGAACGGCUGGAAUGCACGUAUUGCACAACAUGAAAUGGAUCCUCUGAAUGGCAAAUUAUACAUUGAUACAAUGGAUCGUGCCACAUUUGCGUGUACCUGCUGGCAAGUUAUUAACAAUAAGGGCGGACGUGUCGAGAUACCUUUUUAUAAAUAA